CUGGUGACAAUCUGAUAUGGGAUGGGCGUCGCGCUAAACGUAGGAACGCAGAGCUUUUUUUUCUCCCGCCGUAAUGAUAAUGAGUGGUGAUACCGCGGCGCAUAAACAUGGCGAUCAUUUGACACCGCAGUCGUCCUCCGAUCCAGACGAGUCGCCGAUAGACGUGUCGAUGCUUGCUGCUGUUGAUCGUGCGGGGGUAGCGAUACCGUUCGGUCCAGCCUAACGUUGCCCGCGGUAUUACGCACGGGUCGGCCUCCGGCGAAGCCCGCGGAGACCGGCGAGGAGAUCGAAUUGGAGUAUCCCUCGUGGCAGCGCCGCGUCAUCUUGCCGAGUGGCGCGUCUGUGGAACCUUUCCGGGGCCCGGAGGCUGCGACGCAGCAUCGAAAGGAGGAACGACGCGCGUCACUCGCGCUAAGAUGGCCCGGGAGUACGAUCAUCUGUUCAAGCUGCUCAUCAUAGGAGACAGCGGUGUAGGCAAAAGCUCGCUGCUUCUGAGAUUCGCUGACAAUACCUUCAACGGCAGUUACAUAACUACGAUAGGGGUGGACUUUAAGAUACAAACUGUGGAGGUAGACGGCGAGCGGGUGAAGCUGCAAAUUUGGGACACCGCUGGACAGGAACGUUUCCGGACAAUAACUUCAACUUACUAUAGGGGGACGCAUGGCGUUAUAGUUGUGUAUGAUGUGACCAGCGGUGAUACGUUCGCGAACGUUAAACGGUGGUUGCACGAAAUCGAACAGAAUUGUGAUGUGGUUAACAGGGUACUAGUAGGGAAUAAAAAUGACGCACCUAAUCAGAAGGUGGUGUUAACGGAAGACGCGCAGAGAUUCGCCAAUCAAAUGGGGAUCCAGUUAUUCGAAACUUCCGCUAAGGACAACAUCAAUGUCGAGGAGAUGUUCAUGGCAAUAACGCGGCAAGUGUUGCGGACCAAAAAAGAGCGUAAGGAGCGGCAAGCCAUACAGACUAAUGAGACGGUCAACUUGAGGAAAAGCACAAAACAGUACAGGAAAAAAUGUUGUUAGCGAGCGUUGUAUAAGCACGCUACUCCCUGUAAACUGAAAUAUUCUUUGAUACGAUAAUUAGGGCAGAAUAAAACAGAGAGCAUGUGUUAGUAUUACGAGCGGACAUGAGACGCUGGAAACCCUGAUAUUUUCUAACACUGAGUUUUGUAUUCCAAUUACGAUACCUAAGAUUGUAUCCUAACUAAAGUAUACCUUUUUUUGACGUUAGUAUUUAACAUAAUAGAAUCGAAAUGUCGAACGAGCGCGUAGGGCUUAUUUAGUGAAAACGAUCGUCUAUGCGGCAUUCUUUUUUAAUGUGUAUAAUGCAUCAAAUACUUGGCUGCGCUGAUGAACAAAGGCCUAUAUUCAUUUUGUAAUAUUUACGGACGGGUAACUCUUUACUCACAUAUACAUGCAUAUAUUCAAAGCCAUCGUUUUACACACACGUUUUAUACACAAACGCGUUUCACAUUAUGUAAUCGUUAAACGAAAUUAACGAACAUCCCCCCCCCCCGCUAAAUUUGCUAGGGUCAUAUUGAUCAUUGUAAAAUUUUGCUGCAUUCAACAAUGAGUUACCAUAUGCUAAAUAAGUCGUGUUUAGAGAAAGUAGGAUUAAAGUUUCUUGAACAAACGAGCGACAAAUAUUGUUAGCUGGUCCAAAUAAUUCUUAGGACGUUUUAGUAAAAUUAAGGUUCCUGUAGUUUGAUGACGCUUUCAAUACGAUCUAAAAGAUUCAAUUGCAUAGAAUGGAUUAAUGAUAUCACAAAUAAUGGGUGUAGAAAAGAAGACCGCUGUACGGAAACUACAAAAAUUCGCUUGGUCAUGUGAAAUUCAAUAUACUUCCUGUCGUAAGACUGUCGUAAAAUUUAAAGACUAAUCAAUAUGAUUUAUUUGCAAUAUCCACGUUUACAAUAUGUAUUUUAUAAAAUUUUAUAAUUAGCUAUAUAUAUAUAUAAUUAAUUAUAAAAAUUUUAGAAUUGAUGGAAUCUGAGCGUCUAAUUUGUACAUUAAACAAUAUUUAAAAGCACAUUUUUUAAAAAAGUUUUAAAUAAUACUUAAAAAUCGUCGAUCUUCUUUCUUCUAAUUUGUUUAGAACGAUGAAUUGCUAGCCAAAAAGUGUCGGUUAUCUGUUAUUACUUCCAAGAAAUGUUGAAAUGCACGCGCAGUGUUUGCGUCGCGUGCAUCAUUAAAUAUGCAUUAAUAAAACAUUGAACAGUAUUA